GGAAACUGAUAUGUUAUGGGUCAAAGAUCUGAUGGUGGAGCUAUAGUAUAAAACGUUAAGGCACUUCCCAAGCUGCAGAGUUCUGCCAUAUUAGCAACAAGAAAAACAUUCACCAGAAGACUGUACGGAAGACUGGACUGCUGCUAAAAAAUCUCACCUGGACUGCUGAAUUUUGUGUUUAUUGUUAAAGCUAAAAGUAACGUACAAUGUCCAUGCGUCUCCUGGUUUUGGUUACUUUUAUCUGUUUAUGUAUAUAUGGCACAACAGGGGAUUUUGAAAACUGUUGCCUGUCUUAUGCCAAGGUACCACAUUAUUCAGGACUUUAUAAGCAUAUCAAAUACUAUCAGGUGCAAGAAAUCAGUGAAAGCUGUAACAUGAGAGCUGUGAUAUUUUAUUUAAAAAAGAGAAUUAUUUGUGCUAAUCCAAGGGAACAAUGGGUAGGAUUAGUAAUAAAACAAUUUCAGAAAAUGAAGCUUUCAAAACAUCAUCUGAUGAAGACAAUGUAUCCUGGAUAAUAUGCUGAGACAUUUCUGCAAAUGGAAAGAGGAUAAAAUGACAUUAUAGAGGUUUUCCAUUAGACAAGA